AUGUUUUCGUAUCAUCAGAGACCACACUAUGUGCCUGGACACUAUCAAGGACCUCAAUGGUUUGCAGAGCGAUUCAACUAUGGAAUCGAUCCAAAUGAUCAAAUAGAUGUAAAUAUCGACAUUUGGGAUACAUACAACACACGGAGCGAGAUUGAAGACACGGAUUUUCUGACCGAAACGCUGGGUAGUAUGGACGUGCUUCUCGUCUUCGCGGGUCUUCUCUCCGCUGUCGUUACAGCGUUUAUCGUCGAAACGUACAAACUUUUGCAACCAGACCAAAGUGAAAUCACCAAUCAGCUUCUUAUUGCACUUACUCGAAACGAAGCGGCAUCACCCGAGACUACAGGCAGCAAUUUUACUCCGCCGCAGUACGCCGUCCGGGUCAACGCCUUUUUUUUUGCCAGCCUCUUCACAGCAUUGCUCAGCGCGCUAGCUGCAAUGUUGCUCAAGCAGUGGAUUUCAUACUAUACCCAGGGCCUCAAGCGCAUCUCCUCAAAGCAGAUUCGCGCGCGUACUCGGCAGUUUCGAUACGACGCUGUUCGGAGAUGGAAACUUGGAGGGGUCGUUGCACUCGUACCCGUCAUUCUCCACCUAUCCCUCUUCCUAUUCUUCGUCGGACUCAUCGACCUUCUCUUCUCAAUCAACCCAAAAGUCGCUGGUAUUGCGAUUGCACUUGUCGCUUGCACCGGUGUAUUCUACGUCUUCACCAAUCUAGCAACGUUGGUGUCAGAGAGUGCACCGUUUCAUUCGCCGAUUGCAGAAGGGUUUCGGAAUCUGGCGUAUCAUGUGAGGCGUUGGAUCUUGCUCUCACAUAGUCGACAUAUGACUCCACGAGACGAGGAAAAGGCGGGAGAUGAGGCGGUAGAAAACCCGGCGGACCUCACCUUUCGAAGCGACGAACCACAGGCGGUGCUCAUUCGACAAACGCGAACGCUAGAUGUCGACGUCGUCAUCCAGCUCAUGGAAGACGCAGACAAAACGACAGAGGCGUACAUCAUCAACCAAUGCUUUGAGAAGCUAAUGACUUUCAAUUUCAUUGCAAGCAAGAACCCAUCCACCUUUUUCCGACCAUCCAUCCCUCGCAUCUUUCAUCAAAUGUCGGAUACGUGUGUGACCAAAGAUCGACAGAAACUGCUGCGGGGACGAGUCGAUGAGGCCAUUCUCCUCUGUCGGUUUCUCGACUGGUAUCUUUCCAUGCAACAAACUGCGCAGGAAAAGGAGUGGCUAGGUCGUCGUUUCAUGCGCUCAGAAACAACAAUGCCAAGGUUGCUACGCGACCAAGGCAUAACAAAUCAGGACUUUCAAGCAAUCCUACGAGGACAAACCGCAUACUGUCGACUCCAACGUCUUCUCCAGCCAGACUCCGGGUCCUGUUCUGUCUGUUUAACGGAUUCUAGUACCGUGUUUGAGCAGAUUGACAAGAUAGCAGACCAAACCCCUAACGAGGCAUCAUUCUCCGACGCAUUGAAUCGAUUUAUGCUGCUCCUCACGGACUGCAUAUCAAAUUACCUGCGGGAUACAACUCCGGGUGUGGACCGUGCGAGUCUGGUUUCGAAGAUAAUCGAGCAAGCGAAGAAACUGGUUGCAAAGACUGGCGCAAAUCCAACGUGCUAUCAGCCAAUCCUGAAUCAUCUGUCGAGACAGAACUAUGCAGACAAUCCUCUUGCGGAACAGUGGAAAACGUCUCUCAUCGAUACGAUCAAGGAGAGCGCUCGGCCUGAUCUCUUCUCCCCUGAUGGGGAGUGGCUUCCCCCGCCACGAGCCCCACGACCCCCAUCUCCUCCCUUUUUCCAACGUGUCGAACCAUGGCCAAAUGAAGAGGAACCAGAUUUCCGCCCACUUCGACGAUCUUCCUCUGUUGAAAGGGAUAUUAUCAUCCCGAGCGUAGGCCCAAGGAUAGAAGAUAGAUAUGAACAAUCGCCGAUGGUUCCACUUUCUCCGCACCACAGGCGAACAUAUUAUAUGCCACCGCACCAAGGGCAUGCGCUGUUCUAUCCUCGUCCAAGGAGAAUGUAA